CCGACGCCAGUGGUCAGCAUCCGUCCCCCUUCACAGGCUCCUGCCCACGCGCCUGCCAGCCAGCCAAGAUGUUGGGCAUACUGAGCCUCUGGAGAACGGUCAACAGCGUCCUCUUCUACCUGACUCUGGUCAUCGCUGUUGGGGGGCUGCUGGGCAACGGGCUGGUGCUCUGGAACCUGGGCUUCCACAUCAAGAAGGGCCCCUUCAACACCUACCUGCUGCACCUGGCCGCCGCGGACUUCCUGUUCCUGUCCUGCCAGGUGGCCUUCUCCAUCGUCCAGGCUGUGCUGGAUUCCUCCCAGGACACGCUCUACUUCGUGGUCACCUUCCUAUGGUUCUCGGCAGGGCUCUGGCUGCUGGCGGUCCUCAGUGCCGAGCGCUGCCUCUCCGACAUCUUCCCCUCCUGCUACCAGCGCUGUCCAGAGUCCCACUCACAGACGACUCCGGUGACCAUACAGGCCGCCUUCCCAACUCUGCCUCCUGGUGUCACCAGCACAGGCCACCAGAUGGUGCUGCCUCACCACCCUGCGGACCCCGCGCUGCAGGCUGGGCCUCCCCACCAGCCUCUCAGGAACCUGAGGACCCUCCAGGCCUGCAGGGUGCACUGUGAGGGCCCCGCCGGGCCCCUGCCCCCAUCUGCUCACCUGUAG